AUGCCCAAAGCCCGAUGGCAGCUCCCCGAAGCCGAACGAGAAAACUUUGAAAUCUCCGCCAACGGCACAAAAAUGCGAUGUCGAGUCUGUCGUGAGGAAGGGAAAGGUUCCGUUGGCAAGUGGAUAAUGGAAAAGAGUGUCAAGACGCACCUCCAGACGCGAACACAUCAGGCAUGCGCUCGGAGCCACCAGCAGCGCAUUGAGCAAGACGUGCUUGAGGCCAAUCGAGUGGACACUGCAUACGACGCCGCUGCUCUUGACCAAUAUCAACCUUCCACUGUUUCAGCCCAACAUUCCAUCAUCGAGACGAUGUUUUCGCCGCUGGAUGCGCUUGUAAUGGAUCUGGACAUGCCGAAUCUUGAGGAUAAUGCAGCAGAUUUGCAGCGAAUGACACGGUGUCGAGAGGCGGAUAAAAACGCGAGACUGGCGGAUGAAACGGUCCCAAGCGAAGAGGACACGCUCAAGAGCGCAUACCAGCGGCUGCUGUCGGCGGCUCUGGCCAGAGGGGAGCUGGAGCAGGACGAAGAUGAGGGUGAGAGUGAAGAAGCGCUUGAUCCGAUGUCGUCCGAAGAUGACAGCGACGAUCAGCUCGAAAUCGACGAAGAUUCUGACUUGUUCCCGUUCCCCACGAAGACGUCCCUGCUUCUUGAUCUGCUUGACAAUCUGCCCCGUUGUCGGUUCACAAAUGCUCAACUCUCUGUUAUCAUGACGUUCGCCCGAUGUUUGGGCGUUCCAAAUGUGCCCAGCCUUAAAUCCUUUCGAAAGCUUCAAGCAUCGCUGCAAGCUCAAUGUGCGAGCGAACCUGAACGCGUCCAAUCAUAUCAGGGAAAUAUCUUCUAUGUCAACAAUAUCCGAGAAACUAUUGCUCGCGAUCUGGCCAACCCGUUGACUGCCUCGAAGAUCCAAUGUUACCCAGAGGAAGUCGAUCCUGGCAUGCCCGUCUCCGAGACUUGGCAAGCUGACCGCUGGAAGGAAUUUACUCCAUCACAGCUAACUCCCAUGUUCUCCCGCGGGAAUAAGCGGUUUUUCAUUAACGAGCUCGCGCAGUGCUUCGACGGGCAAUAUGUCAUUCCGCUGACACUUGUGAUACGCAACGGGGUUCUCCACACAGAUGCUUUUGUCGUGGCCCAGAAUAUGGAUGGGCAGUGGGACCUUACAGACAAUACCUUGAUAACAUUUCCUGUCGACAAUCUUGAAUAG